AUGGUUCUGGUUCCUGACACCGUUGGCAUCAUCACCGUCUCGAACACCGUGUAUUGGAUGUUGAUUAUGUUUAUCCCUAGCCAAGGAAUGUCUUUCAUUAGGAAAUAUCUUCGUGUCCUCGCCGAUCAUCCAGCCAAACCGGUAGCUGAUGACGUAACGCUGAGGAAGUUUACGAACAACUUCUUGAGGAAGGAUGGAGUGUUUAUGCUGCGUAUGAUUAGUACACAUGCCGGCGAAUUGAUGAGCAGCGAGCUAAUCCUCGCUUUAUGGCAAGAUUUCAACAAUGUCGACCGUUCCCCACAGCAAUUCUGGGACGCCGAACAUGCACAAUCUGCUAUUGAC